UACUUUUUUUGUUGGUGGUGAGAUGAAACUGCCAAAACUCUGAAAGGUAUUAUUGUGUCAGAAUUGCAACAAGAUUUUUUCAAGCCUAAAAUGUUAGUCCGCAAUCGUAACCUGGUGUUUGUAUGUUCACAGAUGAAAUUUCACGUUUACGUGUCAUGUUUCACGCAUGACUUUUCUUACUGAUCCUUAACGAUACGUACGUUCAACCUUUUGGCAGCUAGCUGGCUCCGUACAUAACGCUUUCAACCAAGAGUUUACAAUAGCUAAAAGCUUACGAUUGCACCGCACUGAAACGUUUUAGAAAUUUUGGCGGAUGUUUGCCUGCGAUGUUGUGAUUGGUGGGAGGCUCAUGACGUUAUACGUCGGUCUUGGUGUUUAGGUAAUGGAUAAAAAAAAUUAAGUGGUUUGGAACGCUGAUUGGUCAGAAACAACACCCACGGAGUUUUGCAUCCGUCAACAACCAGUUGAUGCAUUUUCAAUCAAGCUACAGCACUGAAACGACCUACAAAUAGUUCUCUCGGCUAUGGAGGCGAGAUGUGCUGUUGUUGAGACUUGGGCUGAGUUCGGAUGUCCUUCGCCGGGUACAGCUGCUAACGUGAUCUGGUCUGGGGAAGAUGUGUUGAUUUGUACUGGGAGCGACGAGGUGUUGGUCUUCAACACACAAGAGCUGAAACUGACGGCUGUCCUUCAGUUCCUGAGUCCAGUGUGUCACAUGGUGCUGAGUGAGGACAAGCAGUCUGUCUAUGCUGUCUGUGAGAGUGAUGGGGUGUACUGUGUCAGUCUACCAACUCUGCACCCUAGGUCUCCCACUCCCCCAGCUGACCAAUCCCCUGGCCCUGCUCUGUUCAAGGUGUCGUCUAAUUCGCUGGCAGCCAGAGACAAGGGGGUGUGUUCUCUGAUUGAGGUGGGAGGGUCCGGAGGGACCUUGGUGACCGUCUCCCUGAGAGACGCAGCCUGGUGGUUUACUCUGUAUAAAGCAGCUGACCACCAGAAACUGACUCAGUUUAGUCUACCUGUCGUUUCAGUUGGUCACCAUGUCGAAUCAGAGGAAAAUGGUGCCGCAGGACUGGUCAUGCGACCUGUGUUAGCUUGCGUUUACAGCAGUGAUGCACCACCCUUGUCAUCAUCCUCAACAACAACAAAACUACCACCUUUGUCAUCAUCGUUAGGCGGCAAACAUUUUUUCCUGGAGCCUCUCCUCUUCAAGCUCCUCUUCGGCGUCGACGCUGCCCUCAUCAACUCCCCCAUGAUCCUUUGCGGCCUGCCUGAUGGGCGUCUCUGCUCCCUCCCCUUACUUCUCCCAGGACGAUCAGGCUCCUGCGUUAGAGUUCUACACAGCAUGGAGCAGCCAAUCACGUUUAUCGGAACCACAACCGGGACAAAUGAUGGUCCACAGUGUUUGGUGGCAGUAGGCCAAUGGGGGAGGGUGGUGCUGGUCAGAACCUGUGAAGGGGGGCCGGAGGAGGGGAGCAAGGUAGCAGCAUUAACAGAGGGGUGUGUGUCGGGGCCUGUGGUGUGUGUGUGUGCAGGCAGGGAGGGCCUGUACUACAGCACAGGGUCAGAUCUUCUAGCCCUGGAUCUCCCAGGGGUGCGAGAGGCAGCUCCAAAGCCAGAAGAGAGCCUGGUGGUCGGCCACGGGGAGAGGCAAGGCCAGGGACAGGCCAUGGUGAGGGAGUCUGCUACCCUACAGAGUCCUGUCAGCCUUAAUGUCUGCAGGGUCAUUGCCCUGGCUGGGCCCUCACACAAUGCCUCAGGCAUAGUGCAGUUGGUGGCUUUGUCUCUCCGGGGGAGGCUCCAGCGUUUAACCCUGCCUAAGGGGACAGAGGUAGGGGGCAUACCCAGGCUCCCCUUAUCACAGGUGGGACAGAGAGUGAGGGACCUCCUUGCAGCCAUCGGAGAUGUGUGUGAGAGAGCAUCUGUGUUGAAAAGCACCAUCCAGUCCAAAAACCACUCCCUCAGACACCUGAAUCAGGUGCUCAAUGUCUGCUGCCUACUGCUAGCAAAUCAGAACAGUGGAGAGCAGCUCCCGGUCAGCAAGAAGCCAAUCAGGUGUCACGUUGUUGCCAAGUGGAGCCGCCUGCUACAGAGAGACUCCCUGAAUCUGACCUGUGUUCUGGACAAUUCUAGUCCUUACGUUCUAGAACGGAACUGGACGUUCUGUGUGCGAGUUCUACCAUUAUCCUACCCUCUUCCUGCAGGGGGGGAGAACACCUCUCAAACAUUCUCAUUCCCAUUCCAGAAACUAGAGCCGGGUGGGAGAAUGGAAGUGUUGUUGCCCCUAACAGCUGCGGGGGACACAUCUUUCCCUGUGACGGUUAGCUGCUCGCUUUUCUACUCCCUGCAAAGCUUGCUGGGGUCUGAGGAGCUGUCCCGCCUCUUGGCCAAUGGGGAGCCGGCAUCUUGUCUGGGAUUGGAGGGUGGAUGGGUCAGUCUGCCCCUUGACACACUGACAGUGGAUUGGCUGGACGCUCUGCAGGUGACCGGGACCACGCCCCCUCACAGGGACCCAAACAGACCCUCCAUUUCCCCGGAUACCGUCUCGAUGGAUAUCGUUGAGGCCUUCCUGAGCACCCGUAGGAUCAGGGGUUCUGGGAGGGGGGAUGGAGAAGGAGGAGGAGAGAGGAUGGUGGCGUCUGAUGGGGGGCUGUUUUCAGCAAGCAUCAAGGUCUCAACAGAGCUACUGAGAGGGACACUAGGACUGGAGCCACCAGGCUCUGCUGGCCCUUCUCAGGGUGUGUGUGGCUCUGUGCUGGGCUGGCUGCUGUCACAGGGGACAGGAGGAGAGGACUGGAGUGGCAGAGGGGACAAGCGAGGACAGGAAAGCUCUGUGGUCUACGCCCGGUGUCUAGGGCGACACACCGUCAAACUCACAGCCAAAGAGGUAACUGUAGGAGACACCAGUGUGAAGGAGGUUAAGGAGGCUGUGGAGGUGCAGGUACAGUGCUCCUCCAUGGCAGCAGUGUGUGGACUACACCAUGCUGUGUUAAGCCGUGUACAGGCUCUGCUCCAGGGUACUGCUGGCACACGGGAGUCCUCUAUGGGAGUCCAGGGACUGGGCUUGAGACAGGCCCUACAGCGGGCACAGGUUCUAUCUGAGCAUCUCCAGGAGGCUCGUAUCCCAGAAGCCAUUGGAUUGGGAAUGACCACUGGACAGACCACCAAGACACUGUUCAGCAUUUAUAGGCAACUCAGAGAGAACCCUCUCCUCAUCCUCUGACACUUACCAUCCCACAUACGCUCCUCAUCCACAACAUCCUCAUCCACACAUUUACAAUCCUCUCCUCAUCUUCAUUCUCAGCCCCACACUCACUAUCCAAUACUUCUCCUGCAAAGGAGAAAUUAAUGACUGUUUGUCUCCCUCUGCUGUUUUAGUACACAAACAGCAUUUCUUUCUUUCUGUGAAUGUUUGUAAAGUAGUACAUAGCAGGUAGGUUGUGUGUGUGUGUGUGUGGAUUAAAAUGUACCUGUAAAAUUAAAACAACGGAUUUGAAGAGUCACUUCACUGACAACAUUAUCCACACACGAAACAUAACUUCUACACAUCUGAGAUUAUUUUUAUUAUAGUUUUUCAAAGCUUUUCAGAAAAAUUAAUAUUAGAAAAGGAUAAAGCAAGAAAAGACAAAUGAAGUAUGUAUCAUUGUCAAGCUGUAAAGGCUGUAAAUCACUAGCACUAUACUCUUUCUAGGAUGAUCGUGUAGUUUUGUUACACCUGACGUGUUACUGUUUUGAUUGUAGGGAAAAGCCUGUAAAAAUCUCAAAUGACACCCAUUACACUCUUGUAUCCCAUAUAGAGGGCUCCUACUUAUCACCUGAAGCCAUUACUCUAUGUGUCUGUGUUUAGAAGUGGGCCUACUGCCCUACAUGGGGAAGAGGGUAACGUUUGAGAUGCAGCUGCCUGUCAUGUUUGUUAAUGUUACGAUGCUGCGAUGCUAAGGAAGCUGUCUGCUAAUGAUGACUCAGCUACGAUGAAUUGAUGACUUUCUGAGUUUAUUAUUACACACUGUCACUUGCUUACAAAGUCAGAAUUGGCAAAACGACAGGGAAGAAUGGGAAUGGUAGAGUGGAAAUGAACAAUUGUGGUGGAAGAGAGUGUAAUAGACAAUUGGUUUAAGGCACAUUGGUUUUACACCAGAGUGUCUCUAUAGGUAUUUGUAGCAUUGUGUGUAUAGUAGUUCUGGAGUAUUUGUAGCUACUGUAGUAAUAAUGUAUACCAUUUAGCAGACAUAUUUAUCCAAAGGGACUUACAGUCAUGCAUAUAUUUUACAUAUGGGUGGUACCAGGAAUCAAACCCACUAUCCUGGCAUAGCAAACACUAAAGUGCCAUGCUCUACCAACUGAGCUACAGAUGACCAGUAGACACUUCAAAACUGAAAACCCAAGCCAUGUUAACUCCUCUAUAGCCUCAUUUAUACCUGGCGCGAACAUGUGUCCUCUUUCCUGGUCUUUUCCACAUUCUGAUUGUGCCCACAUUUUCAGAAAUAUGUCUACACGUGGUAUUAAAAUGUUUCUCUUAUCCAUCUACUUUGACUACAUUUCCUGGUCCCUCCCUGUAUGCAAAAAUUUGACAGUUAUUCUUUCAAAAUAGUAUUUAUUUCUU